CCCUUUCUCUAACACCUCUUAUACCAGACUUCUUCCUCCACUGUCAGGGAGCAGUCACUCAGCCAGCCGACCACUACAGCUGAAGCUGGCAGCACCAGAGACUGCUGAGCCCCCUCACUCUGCAGCACUUUCCUAAGUAACUACUCUGCCUGCAGCCUCUCAGGACAGGACGCUGUACCCCGCCUGCCACCCUUCCAGUCGGGGUGGGUGGCACUACAGCAACAACCUCUGCUACAUCACUCAACUAAGGGAGCAGCCAAGAGAGAAUAAUGAGCAAAUCCAUCUGUGAAUAUGAAUACUGUGAUACAGCCUAUGGCUAGGUCAGACCAUGCCUUGACGAGUAUGAUCAAACAGAGUAAUGAUAGACCUUUGAUGUGUGCGUGUAUGCAGUACCAAGAAAGGGGAAAGCGACGAAGAUGUGAUGUUUUUAAAAAGAAAAUAGUAAAAGUUGCAGAACGCUGCAGGAACACAGGAUGAAGAAGUGCAGUUGCCGUAAUGCAUGUCUUCUACGACAGACGGUGGCCCUCCUCAUACUCACUGUGUCCUUGCUCUGUGUGAUAAAGCUUCUGAAUGUUGAGCUAAUGUUUCCAGGUCCUGGGACAUAUUACGUGGAUCAAACUCUUUAUUUUUCUUUUGUUACCAAAAACGGCCUUCCACGUGACCUAUCUCAUAGUAUUAACUGUACAGCUAUAUUCGAGCUGGAACCAUCAGAGAUUGGGAGAAGUUUAGAAAUACGGAGGAGGCGCAUUCUUGACCUGGAUGAUGAGAAAGUCGUAAGAAUGACAAAGGACUGUGAGGCCUAUAAAGCACUACGAAAGUACAAUCAAAAACCUAUCUCACAGGAGGAGCGCGACUUUCCAAUUGCCUAUUCGUUGGUUGUGCACAAAGAAGCUGUAAAUGUUGAGCGCCUUCUUCACACAAUAUACACUCCUACUAACGUCUACUGCAUCCAUUAUGACCAAAAAUCAUCUCCAGAAUUCAAGACUGCCAUGGCCAAUUUAGCCAGUUGCUUGCCCAAUGUCUUUAUUGCAUCUAAACUAGAAGCAGUGAUUUAUGCAGAAUUUUCAAGACUACAAGCAGAUCUAAAUUGCUUACACGAUUUGCUGGCCUCCCCCGUGCCAUGGAAAUAUGUCAUUAAUUUGUGUGGGCAGGACAUGCCACUCAAGACAAAUUUUGAACUUGUUUCUGAUUUAAAAAAGCUUAAUGGGAGCAAUAUGCUGGAGUCAUCACUGCCAACGGAUAUAAAAAAACAAAGAUAUACAUUCCAUCACCAGGUCAUGGAUGUUUUAAAUCUUGAGUAUAUGCAGAUGCCCGUCAAGACACAGACCAAAAAAUCUCCACCACCCGCCAACAUUGAGAUGUAUGUUGGAAGUGCCUACUUCGUUUUAAGCCGUCCAUUCAUUCGCUAUGUUUUUGACAGCCCGUUGGUUGCAGAAUUUUUAGAGUGGUGUAAAGACACCUUUUCCCCCGAUGAACAUUUUUGGGCAACCCUGACACGUGUGCCGGGUGUACCCGGUGGGCUUUCCAGGGCGGAGAAGGAUGUCACAGAUCUUGAUAGCAGAACUCGGCUGGUGAAAUGGAACUAUCUUGAAGGGAGUCUUUAUCCCCCUUGCACUGGAAACCAUGUCCGCAGUGUUUGUAUUUAUGGGGCUGCAGAACUGCGUUGGCUCAUUAAAUCGAAACACUGGUUUGGAAAUAAGUUUGACCCUAAAGUAGAUCCUGUUUUAAUAAAAUGCUUGAUUGAAAACCUUGAAGAACAACAGAGACAAUGGGUUUAUUUGUCAUUUAGUUGACCCUGGCAUUAAUUGUAACUGUUACCAUUUUGUGCCACUCUAACACAUAAGUGCUUCUCUUUGAAAAGACUGGGCACUGUGAUGCGAAACGUAAUUUCCGUUCAACACACGUCUAUAAUUUAUUUAUUUGCUCUGAUGUUUGUUUGUUUGUUUGUUUGUUUGUUCCAUCAGUUGGUUAAAAGAGAUUAUUUUAAACAAAAUAGUAUCAGGAUUGCUUACUUUUUAUGUGUGCUAAUCUUCCAUCUAAGAGAAACUCAAAUCAUUACUUCAACUCCUGAUACUUGAAAUAUAACUUCUACCUGAAAUUGUCUCGUUGAAACUUCAGGAAUGCACUGACACUCCACUUUGAUGGGUGGUUGGCAACACCUUAGCAACAUCUGUAAUCAUGGAAACAAAACAUACUGUUGUCUCCUCUGAUUCAUACAGUAUGUUACAUAUGUAUUUACAAUCUGUCAACAUUAGGUGUCUACAAAGAGAUAAUUCAGGCAGAUGUCCUACUGCAGGCAUCAGUAACUAUUCCAGCAAGUUGGAGUGUACACACCAUCAUUAUUUUAAUUAGUCUGUAUCAUUUUUCAGCAGGUACCCUUUGAAUAUAGGGGGUAAUUCAGACCUGAUCGCUAGGCUGCGUUUUCUUACAGCCUGCGAUCAGGUCUGAACUGCGCAUGCGUAUGCGCCGCAAUGUGCAGGCGCUUUGCACGGGUACAAAGCGGAUCACCGCUCAGCGAUGGGUUUGUGCGAUGGAUCAGGAAGAUGUCAUUUCUGGGUGGCAACUGACCCUUUUCAGGGAGUGAUUGGAAAAACGCAGGCGUGUCCAAGCGUUUGUAGGGAGGGUUCCUGACGUCAAUUCCGGUCCCGGACAGGCUGAAGUGAUCGCAGCGGCUGAGUAAGUCCUGGACUACUCACAGACUGCACAAACUUAAUUUGUACAGCUCUGCUACACAUGCGUAAACACACUUGCACAGCUAAACUACACUCCCCCCGUAGGCUGUGACUAUCUGAUCGCAGCAGUGCAAAAAUCACUUGCUAGCGAUCAGGUCUAAAUUACUCCCAUAGUCGUUACUUUCUUAUUUUUACAGACUCAUGAAUAUUGGAAUAAUAGCAUAUAUACCUGGCUAGAGAUAUCCAUUUCCUCUUCCUUAAUUCAUGUUGAUACUGACCUGUCUUGUUUGAUUCCAACAAAACCACUGAAAAUGGGAUUUCAGGAAAGAUUAAAUGUGUUUCCCUUAUUUAAUGUGUGCCAAUUGAUAGUUAGCAAUGAUGUUCUAAAGCUGUACAAGCUAGACUAGUGACAGUGACGGGUGACUGGCUAUUGGGCAGGACCUGUUGGCAAGUUGGCACAUCUAGGUAAUACAUGCAUUUGUUGUAGCAUCUGGUAUGCUAAAAUUUUUAAGACUUUUGAAUGUCAAGGUGUGUGUGUGUGUGUGUGUGUGUGUGUGUGUGUGGAGAAAUAGCACAGUGUGUGCUGCGUAUAUGUUAUAUGGGAUGGGGCUAAGGUUUCACUGACCAGACUUGGGUAUAUCUAGGUCACUGUCCGAUUUGGUUACCCACAGGGUGACCGACUUACAUGGAUAUACUCACUUGGGUCAACCUAUGAACACCUGGAUCCUAUGGGGAGAUGUUUAUGUUGAUGGUUAAUGAGUGACAGAGUUACUAUUUUUCUCUAACGUCCUAGAGGAUGCUGGGGACUCCGUAAGGACCAUGGGGAUUGACGGGCUCCGCAGGAGACAU